GGCUCACAUCCUCGCCCACGUCUCUUCCUCCCUCCUCCUUUCUUCCUCUCCAAGGAGAACAACCGGAGAGGGUUUUGCCCGUGUGCUCCUCGCCGGCGCCCGACCAACUCCGGCCUCCCCGCGUCAAUCUAAUGCCACCCGUAGAUGCGCCUCGGCCUCCUCUUCAACCUGCUCCAAGGAAUCGAGCCGGGGCUCGUUCAAUCAACGGCAAAUUCGCCGUUACCUUCUCCGACUCCGGCGAGUAAAUCGUCGAUUCCGGCCGCUGGAGGCCUCCCCCGUCCUCUCCGACCUCAUCCACGGCUCCCUGGUGAUGUCCUCGUUCCUCCAGACCUCUUCCCCGUCUCGUUCUCGUCCUUUUUUUUUUCUACCGACGUUGACCACCGGUAAUCUCCGCAGGAGCUCGACGCCGGCGGUACUCCGGCGACCCCCUGGACGCCUCACCACCACCAUCCGGUUCCCCACGUUCUGCCGCACCCCCCGACGCCGUCUCGCCCGUCCCGGGUUGGCCAGAAUCUCCAGAUUCAUGCUUGACUGUGAGCUCAGUCAUGGCGUUUUUGUCCCAGACCUCCGCCUUGUACUGGGUCAAAAUGGCCGCACGUCUCGUUCUAAUCAAAACCCGAGUCUCCAGCUCAGUGAUCCGUGGAUGGGCCUUGGCCCAGGUUCCCUUCCCGGCGUCAGUCCUCUAUCCUGCGCCAGCAAUAGCCUAGAACCGGCCCAGAAAACAGCGCAGCAUUUGCUUCUUCCCGGAUAGGAUCGCGAAGUGGUGUUGUGAGAUACGACAAGUUCUCCGGAUGUCCCUCGACAAGCUUAACAGGCAAGCAUUUCCCCUAUACUUCUGCCCCUGCAGAAGUCGCUCACCUAUUUUAUUUUGCCUUCUCCCUCAUGCUAUCCUUAAGUUGCGUUCUUGUCACGUGUUCUUUCCACUUGUUACCUCAAGCAGCCCAUAUUGCCACCACCACCUCCUACGGCUAUUGUUUGGUUAUCGAGUCUGCCCUUGCGAGUCGUAGUGCAUGCUAGCGCUGUUUUAUCUCGUUACCGUUAUUGUUAUCUUAUUGGGUUAUAUGUUGGGAAGAAUCAUGGUUACUUUAGUUGUUGAUAUUUGUUUAGAGGAGGCAUCGGUGGGUCAGCUGAUCGUUUUGUGACGGCUCACUUGUGUUUCCUAAAUAACCUAGGACCCCGAGUUCUUGUUAUCUGUUCCGAGACUGAGCGCUCUAACCACACGUGGGUAUGCUUACCGGGUCUCCCCUCGACCACUGCCGGAAUCUACAGCUU